AUGGACGACGAAGCUAUAGAAAAUCAGCUUAAUCUGGACGUAUCCGAGUUCGAAGAUGAUGACGGCGAUGAUGAUAUCGAUGAUGUGGAUUAUCGACCUCAGGGCCGAAAUCGUCAAUCGGACAAUUCAGCAGAAUCGUCUUCUGAUUCUGAAGUUCCGAAACAGAAGACGAAGAAAAGUCUCGACCUAAAUGCUCUAGACCAGCUGUACGGCUUCCCAGCGCCAGUUCAAGAACUCAUGGUACACUCCAUUUGCCGUCGGCUGGAGAAGUUCAAAACAGGUGCAGAAGACCAGGAUGCAACAAGAAAAGCACAAUUAUAUGCAAGAAGUGCAACAUUCACUUGUGCCUAA